UAUUGUAUUCUUCGAUCAGACGUCAGUUGCUUACUAUUUAAAUAUUGAUCCAUAGAUGCCAUACCCUGUAUUAAUAUUGAUCGGCGAUCAGUUAAUAUCAAUUUGUAUAACCUUCAAUCUACGAGAGUAAUUGAAACCUAUGGAACUAUUUAUAAACAGCUAGAAAAUACGAACCAAUGAACUGUAAUAUUGCCAAGAGGUUACUCAGUCUUCAAACCGAAGUAAAGUAUAUGAAUAGGCAGCGCGCCAUUUCGGAAUGUUCUAAUAUGGCUUAAUUUAAAUCAGCAUAGUUCAGUGUCCAAGUGAAUGUCGGUGCUUCACCAUUAGGAGAAAAUGUGACCGAGUCAUUAAAUGUAUUUUUAAUUAUUUUUUAAUUUUGGAAUUAUGUGUUUUAGUGAAGGUAAUAAUUAAUAUAAAUUUUGUGGAAUAUGGGUUCAGGUGGAAGUACAGAGGCGGUGAAACAACCUGAGAAGGGGGGAUCCGUACAACGAAAUGAACCCAGGCGGGACGUAGGAGGCGAGGGACAGAAUAACCUCAGGGUAAGGAGUGACUCCCCUGUGAAUAAUAACACUCCUCGGAAUGCCAAAACAAAAUUCAUCGUCAAAAAAGACGAUAGUGUCGACCUAACGAACGAUCUAAACUUGGACUCCUAUUGGAAUAAUGACUCCAAAGCGUUCUCAAACAAUAAUCAGGAGAAGCAAUAUAAUGAUUAUAACAGCAAACAGAAAAAUUCCUUGCCACCCCGACUCCCCAGCCCUCCUGUGGAGGACCUUCCAGAGACUUACGCUCAGAGGGGAUUUAGGGAACAGUACCGACCUAAUGACCUCCUCCGCCAGAAGACGAUCUAUAGGGACCCGGAAGAGUGGGAGCUCCCGGAAAAACGUGAGAGUGUAGGAAGUUUUGAUGUUUCAAAGUUUCAAGCUGCCAAUGCCAAUGUUCAGUCACAACAAAAGAGAGACAUAUUUACUAUGACGCCAGAUUAUACAAAGAAUACGCGACAAACAGAUUCAGCGGACGAUUUGUACCGAACUCCAACUUAUCAGAAACAGAAAAGCGUCCCAAAGUAUGACAUAUCGGAAGAAGAAUUAAUGGCAGACAUUGAGAAAGGGUACAUAUAAAUAUCUUAUUUCCCAGUCCUGAAGUAUAUGACCACCUUGCCAAAGUUGUUACCAUGCAGUACAAAAAUCAGAAGUUGGUCAGAUUGAAAAAGACAAUAUAGAGCUGAAAGAGCAGAGAUCUGCGAUUAUUAUGAAGUCAUAUUUUCUUUCAAGCAAAGAUAACACUCGUUUAAAACACAUUGAUUUUACUGAAAGAUAUUGCACACUGAUUCGAUUCUAUUGUAAAAAAAAAAUAUUUUUGGGGGAAAAUGGUUAAUUAUUUACCAAAUAUAUUUGAGGGGUUAAAGAAAUCAAAGUUCCAUGAAUAAUAUUUUUGAAAAAGUUAAUGAACCUCUUACAAUAAGUUUUUCCAUACUUUUAAAACAGUAUAAAACGGUUCACAUACUCAUUCCGUAUUCAUGUCAAAAUUAAUUAGGCACUAAAUGAAUAUGUAUUUUGUCUGUGCAUUUAAACAUUUACUUUUUAUCUUAAACCAUAUUUAUUUUUCACAAUAUCUCAGUCUUUUGCAUUAUUGUAUUAGCAAAAUAGUCAAGGAGGAGAUUUUGUUCACAUACUUAUGGUAUCAUAAAUUGUUAUGGCAAUAAAGUAUUUAUUAUUCUU